AUGGAUGGAACAGACUCUCGAACUUCGACUCCCAAAAACGACCGGAAGCCGCCUGACCCUGCAUCAAUCCUAGAGCAGGUAAUCGAGACCCGUAACCGCGCAUGGAGUAAUGUUCCAGGAACAUUACCAACCGAGAGGUUUAUCGGCGGCCUCCCUCGUAAUAUAGGUAAAACGACGUUGGAAUAUUUUUUCAAGAGACUCGGGCUUGAGGUUCUUAACAUUCGGAUGAAGAUAUCUCGGUUCACUGGGAAAAAUCCAGGCUUCGCCUUUGUGGAAUUCCGAUCGAGUAGGCAUGCCUAUCGUGCAAUGCAGUUGUUAAACGGACGAGAAUUUAGGGGCCAGAUCCUAUCAGUUCAGCAUGUUGAGAGCAAACAACUACUACCCCCCAAGCUCGGGGGCCCUGAAAGCCAGUUGUGUAAUCAGCCAGGCGUGCAUAACUGGCCAGAAGAACGGGGACGGAAAAGCACUUGGUACUCAGAACGUGGACAACGGCUGACAGUCAGGGGGUUACCGCUCAGACCAAUGAAGAGGGAUGACUUCAGGCGACGGAUGGUGGAGCACUUCAAGGGCUUCACUGUUGAGAAUAUCAGCCCGCCGAAACCCUGUCGCAAUCAUAUGCACAAUCUAGCUAGGCCUCCCACAGACACACAUUGCUUUAUUGACUUUGCUACUGCGGAGGAAGCCGAAAAAGCACGGAAGACGCUCAAUCUCAAGAGGGGCCCGUGGAAUCUCCCACUAUUCAUCAAAAAGGGAAAACCCCAGGGGAAGAAGAAGUCGAAUACGCCCAGCUCCACGAAACCUACCCCGGCUUCUACCGAACCCACGUUAGAUGCCACUGAAUCCAUGUCAGGUCCUAUUGAACCCAGGCCAGCGCCAACGGAACCGAUGCCAGCCUCUGUGGAACCACCGUCAUAG